AUGGCUGAGCCACCCAUUGUCCUCGAUGGGGGUACCGGUUUCCUCAAAGUUGGCUAUGCCGCCCAAAACUUCCCCGAACACCAAUUUCCCUCUAUAGUCGGGCGACCAAUCUUGCGUUCCGAAGAACGAGCUGGAGACAUUGUGGUCAAGGACAUCAUGUGUGGUGAUGAAGCGGCUGCGGCAAGAUCGAUGCUACAAAUAAGUUACCCUAUGGAAAACGGAAUCGUCAAGAAAUGGGACGACAUGCAACAUCUAUGGGACUUUACAUUUUACGAGAAACUUCGCAUUGACCCUGCGGGACGAAAGAUCCUUCUCACCGAGCCACCCAUGAACCCUCUCAAAAACCGUGAACAAAUGGCCCAGGUCAUGUUCGAACGAUACAACUUCGGCGGCGUGUACGUGGCCAUUCAGGCCGUGCUAGCGCUAUAUGCACAGGGACUGUCCUCUGGCGUAGUCGUCGACUCAGGCGACGGUGUCACCCACAUCGUCCCCGUCUACGAAUCCACCGUUCUCAACCACCUCACUCGUCGAUUAGACGUAGCAGGCCGGGACGUAACGCGCAACCUGAUCGCCCUGCUUCUCCGAAGAGGCUACGCGCUCAAUCGAACAGCCGAUUUCGAGACGGUGCGUCAGAUCAAAGAAAAGUUAUGCUACGUGUCGUACGAUCUAGCACUGGACCAGCGGCUAUCCGAAGAUACCACCGUUCUCGUAGAGUCGUACACGCUACCCGACGGACGUGUAAUCCGGGUUGGAAGUGAACGCUUCGAAGCUCCCGAGUGCUUGUUUCAGCCACAUCUAGUCGACGUCGAACAGCCGGGUAUUGCCGAGUUCCUGUUCAACACCAUUCAAGCUGCCGACGUCGAUGUGCGGAGUAGUUUGUACAAGGCCAUCGUUUUGUCCGGUGGAAGCAGCAUGUACCCGGGCCUACCGUCACGGCUGGAGAAGGAGCUUAAACAGCUAUGGCUGACGCGCGUCCUGGGUGGAAACCCUGAGAGAUUGAACAAGUUUAAAGUCAGGAUAGAGGAUCCUCCGCGCCGAAGACACAUGGUUUUCUUGGGCGGUGCGGUGCUGGCAAACAUCAUGGCCGAUAAGGAAAAUAUGUGGAUUUCGAAGCAGGAGUGGGAGGAACAAGGUGCUAGGGCAUUGGACAAGUUGGGCCCCAGAUGA